CGAAGUUCCCUUCCUUGCCCGCCUGCUCCUCUUCUUCUCCUCCACCAGCUCCCCUUCAUUUCAUCAUGUCCGCCGAUCUUCUCGUCCCUGAGACCAGGGUCUUGGCUGUCGCCAGCCAUGUUGUCUACGGAUAUGUGGGCAAUAAGAUGGCCACUGCGGUCAUGCAGCUCAUGGGCUGUGAUGUCGCCGCCUUGAACACGGUGCACUUCAGUAACCACACCGGUUAUAGACAGUUCAAGGGCACUAGGGCCACGGCAGAGGAGAUCACCGCGCUCUAUGAGGGUCUCACGCAGAGUAACCUGCUUGAUUUUGAUGUCAUGCUCUCUGGCUAUGCGCCCAGUGCAGCUGCCGUUGAAGCCGUCGGGGCCAUUGGCAUGGACCUCCAGCGCAAAGCGGAAAAGAAUCCCGGUUCUUUCUUCUGGGUCCUGGACCCCGUAAUGGGGGACCAAGGCCGUCUCUACGUCAACGACGACGUCGUUCCCGCCUACAAGAAGGUCAUCCGCCACGCAGACCUUAUUCUCCCCAACCAAUUCGAAGCCGAAGUCCUCUCCGGCAUCAAAAUUACCUCCCUCGCCACCCUCGCUGAAGCCAUCACCGCCCUCCACGCCAUCUACAACAUCCCCCACGUGAUCAUCACCUCCGUGCAAAUCGCCAGCCUUUCCGACUCUCCUCUCCCCAACACCCUCACCGUCAUCGGCUCGACCACCCGCUCCGACGGCGCCCCGCGUCUCUUCCGCAUCGAUGUCCCCGCCCUGGACUGCUACUUCAGCGGUACCGGCGAUAUGUUCGCCGCUCUCACGGUAGCCCGCUUCCGCGAAGCGGUGUUCAACGCUGAUGCAACUCUCCGCAACACCAAGUCGUGGGUCUCGCCUGACGAUGUUCCCGCUACGGAGUUACCCCUUGCCCAGUCUACCCGGAAGGUGCUGGCGAGUAUGCACUGCGUACUAGAGAAGACUCUGGAGGCGCGAGAUGCCGAGUUGCGCGCCAUUGUUCCGGAUGAGGGCGAGAAGCUGCUCAGCCAGGAGGACCAGCAGAAGAGGGCGCAUCUGCGGGAGAGCAAGGCGGCAGAAGUACGGGUGGUCCGUCAUGCGCAGUAUCUGCGGGAACCGGAGGUGGAGUUCCAGGCGAGUGAGUGGCGACGGGAAGAUCUGCCGGCGCAGUUUCGUUGAUCCUGUUGCUAAAUGGGCGGCGAACUGUUUGAGCAUUAUAGAUUAGUUAUAGACGGGUGUUGAUUUAUAUACCACCAGUCAUGAUGAAAUGCAGUGACGGACCAAACAUAGAUGACAUCAAUC